AAGGAGUGAUUUUCUGUGUUGCAUUCAACUGACAUCUAUUUAGCAUGCAUUCUCUGUUUUUGAGCACCGUUUUUGCGGUAUUUUCGCUAGCCCAGGUGCAUUGCGACGUGUCUCAUGUGCUAGGCGAAGUUGUGACCGAAGAGGAAGUAACCACCUUUCCGCCGCCUCCGAGACCGUAUGCUUUCAGCUAUGCAGCUGGCCGCUAUCCGGGACAUAUAGAUCGGACACACAGCGAGUCAUCGGAUGGUAGCGGCGUUGUUCAGGGUUCAUUUUCCUACGUUGAUCCGAGCCAUCAAGUGCGAACCGUCGAGUAUGUUGCAGACGCUCAUGGAUUCUAUCCGCGGUUGAGUCAUCCUCCAAAAUAUCCUAAGCAAACAGAAGCUGUUGAUAGAGCAGCUCAAAAACAUUAUGCGUUGUAUGCAAAGAUCGCAGAGGAACGAGCCAAUCCACAUAUCCAACAGCAGGAAGUGUCGCUACCUCGGGAUACGGUAGCAGUAACUAAAGCCAAGGACAGACACUUUACUCUUUACGAAAAAAUUGCGCAAGAGCAUGCCAGAAUUGCAGCAGAACGCGAAGCAGAACGACUCGCCUUUGAGGCAACAUCGGAGAUUAACGAAUUGCAUUAGAGAUGACAAGCAAUUGGAUACCACUCUUGAACUUAUACUCUAAUAUUUUCAAGGACGAUACUUCUAUUGUACGGCAUUGUUUGUAUAUGUAUA